AUGUCUGAACGUAAAUCGAAAGUUCUUGUUGUUGGAUCUGGUGGAGUAGGUGCUAUUGGUGCAUUGUGCUUAACCCUUAAUGAUAAAGCAGACGUUACUUUAGUAGUAAGGUCUGAUUAUGCAAAGGUAAAUGAGAGUGGGUACUCUAUCAAGUCCGUUACUUAUGGUGAACAUGAGAAUUGGAAACCACGUCAUAUAGCUAAAUCGGUGGCGGAUGCAUCUGAGAGGUUUGGUGAAUUUGAUUUCAUUUUAUUGACUACCAAGAAUAUUCCUGACGGACCAAUAACUUGUGAAGAUAUCAUUAGGCCUGCUGUUACUCCUAGGACUGCAAUUAUUUUACUUCAAAAUGGGCUUGGUAUAGAGAAGCCGAUGAUUGAGCAGUUCCCACAUAAUGUAAUUCUUAGUGGUGUUUCAUUAAUUGGCUCUAGUAAUAUUAACUGUGUAGUAUCUAAUAUGCAUAAAGAUCAAAUAUAUCUUGGAGCUUGGAGUAAUCCAAAUAUUGAGAACCAUGCCGAGAAAGAACAAUGUACAAUUAAUGAAUUUACUAGAAUAUACAGUAACGAAAAGUAUAACCGAGUUAUUAUCGACGAAAAUGUUCAAAAGACAAGAUGGGAAAAAUUAGUGUACAAUUCUGUUCUUAAUACUACUACUACAGUAGUCAAUUUAGAUAUAAACAGAUGUCAAAUUGCAGGUGCAAAUAAUGAACUUUUUAGACCUGCUAUGAGGGAGGUUAUCGCAAUUGCCGCUAGCGAAGGCAUUGAAAUAUCGCCCGACACUAUUGAAAGAUUUAUUCAUUUAGGUGAUGGUUUGUUUUAUAGUCCUUCAAUGUGCGUUGAUGCAAGAAAGAAACAAUUAUUUGAGUUGGAAGUUAUUUUGGGUAACCCUUUAAAGAUUGCAGAAGCAAAUGGUGUAGAGACACCAAUGUUACGAACUUUAUAUACCUUAUUAACAAUGGUUCAGUUUAGAAUUAAAGAAGAAAGGGGCAUAAUCAAAAUAGAUGAAAACGAGUAUAAUAAGAUAAACUCAGACUCUUAUCCAGAUUUACUCAAAAAAUAG